UUCGGGUCGAUAUAUGCUUCCGAUUUCAAUUGCCGUCGCGAUUCGCGGCCAGAGAAGGGGUUAAAACUCGUCACUCUGAAAACUGAACUGAAACCCUCACGACCGUCGAUUUGCUCACGGCAAUGGAGAAUCAGGUGACAGAGGAACCAAGGAGUGCUGAAAUCGAGAAUGAAAUCGAAUUGACUGAGCAACAGCGACACGGCGAAGCGGUGGUGGUGGAAGAAGAAGAACGACGACAGCAGCAGCAACAACGGCGGGAACAAGUACGAGAAAGAGAAGAAGAUGAAGAGAAAGAGAAACAUGACGACGAGAGAUUGAGGAUGUUGCUUCUCUCGGAUGUCAGAGAUCUUCCUGUUCGUCCUCCCUCUGCUAUUGAUGUCAAUUUCGCCUCAUUCUUCGCCCCAGGUUCAGAUUCAGCUGAUUUUUUCAUAAGCCCUUUUCACAAAUUUUCCCUGCGAAUGCACCCUUUUGUUGUAUCUCGUUACGCAGAUUUUAUGAAGCCGGGGCAUGAUCAAUACGUCUAUCGCCACGCUAAUGGAUUGUGUGUGAUUGGAUUGGCUCCGACACAUAUAGCGUUUAAGGAUGAAGGUGGAAUCAUUGCCGUCGAUUUCAAUGUCGGGAAGUCUGAUCGUAGUGGCAUGAAGGUCACCGGCAAGCGUAAGAAGAAUGCUCAGCAGUUUGAAUCCAAUACCGCAUUGUGUAAAGUUUCCACUGCAAAAGAUUCUUACAUCGUGAGGUGCUGUGUUAAAGGUUCUUUGUUAGAGGUGAAUGAUAGAUUAAUCAAGCAUCCGGAGCUUCUUAAUUCAUCGGCUGAUCGAGAAGGCUAUAUUGCAAUAAUUAUGCCAAAACCUGCAAACUGGCUCAAGAACAAAGCAUCCCUAUUGACUCUCGAAGAAUACGAGAAAAGAAAAGAGCCAUCUUCAUGAUAUAUAUUUUGUUUUCAAUGGCUUCCAUUUGCUCGAAUCCACAUAAGGAAACCGGUUCGAUUUCUUUUCUACAAAGUUUUGCUCCGAAGUUGAUUAUGUUCGAGGUUAGUGUCUGAUUAGGUUGAGAGCAUAAAAGAUCUGCAGCCUUGUAACCUUAUCUGAUAUUCAUACAUCCCCAGAAGAUCAUUUGUUUGGAUAUUU